UGCGUACCAUGCCCCCCCUGGGUCUGUCAGCAAGGACGCUGGGAGCCAGGCACAGACACACACUCCAACUCUCUCACACACACGCACGCGCGCGCGCGCACAGAAACACAGACACGAGCACACAGGAGGGACCAGAGUGAAGCAGAGGAGCAAGGGAGCAGUGGUGAAGCGCAGGCCCCCAACAGAGAGCACCGACUGGGGAAGAGACCGCAGACAAGCCCAGGUUACAACCUAAAACUCACACACACACACAAACUCAUCGGACCCCCGCAGUGAGGCACGAUGGCGGGGGCGUCUGUGAAGGUUGCUGUGAGGGUGCGGCCCUUUAACUCCAGAGAGAUUGGCAAGGAUAGCAAGUGCAUCAUUCAGAUGUCAGGAAACACCACCACCAUCCUGAACCCCAAGCAGCCCAAAGAGAACAAGAGCUUCAACUUUGACUACUCCUACUGGUCACACACCUCGCCAGAGGACGAGAAAUUUGCGUCCCAGCUGCAGGUGUUUAAGGACAUUGGGGAGGAAAUGCUGCAGCAUGCGUUUGAAGGGUAUAACGUCUGCAUCUUCGCCUAUGGACAGACUGGCGCAGGGAAGUCGUACACCAUGAUGGGAAAACAAGAGAAGGAUCAGGAGGGCAUCAUACCACUGCUUUGUGAGGACCUCUUCACCAAAAUCAGUACUGGCAACAAUGCCAACGGCAUGUCCUACUCAGUAGAGGUGAGCUAUAUGGAGAUCUACUGUGAGCGCGUGCGGGACCUGCUGAACCCCAAAGUCAAGAGCAACCUGCGGGUGCGAGAGCACCCCCUCAUGGGACCCUACGUGGAGGACCUGUCCAAGCUGGCCGUCACCUCCUACACUGACAUCCAGGACCUCAUGGACUCAGGAAACAAAGCCCGAACGGUGGCGGCCACCAACAUGAACGAGACGAGCAGUCGCUCUCACGCCGUCUUCAACAUCAUCUUCACUCAGAAACGCCACGACGCAGAGACUGACAACACGUCAGAGAAGGUCAGUAAGAUCAGCCUCGUGGACCUGGCAGGGAGCGAGCGAGCAGACUCUACAGGAGCUAAAGGCACCAGACUCAAGGAAGGAGCGAACAUCAACAAGUCCCUCACCACACUGGGCAAGGUCAUCUCUGCUUUGGCUGAGGUUGAUACUGCACCUAAUAAGAACAAAAAGAAGAAGAAGGUGGAGAAUUUCAUUCCCUACAGAGACUCAGUGCUUACCUGGCUACUCAGGGAGAACCUGGGAGGUAACUCCCGCACUGCCAUGGUGGCUGCCCUAAGUCCUGCUGAUAUCAAUUAUGAUGAGACUCUUAGCACACUGAGGUAUGCUGACCGGGCGAAACAGAUCCGCUGUAACGCUGUGAUCAAUGAGGACCCUAACAACCGCCUGGUGCGUGAGCUGAAGGAAGAGGUGGCCCGCCUCAAAGAACUGCUCUACGCCCAAGGCCUGGGAGACAUCAUCGAGACCUAUCGGGGCCCUCCCUCUGCAAUUCCUCUGAAAUAUCUCAACAAGUACACGAACAAUGUGACUGGCCUCGAGGCCAUCAAUCAAAGGAAUGAUCUCUCCACAGUAACCAAUGCCAUGACAGGGAUGAGUCCGUCACCCACAAUGUCGGCCCUGUCCAGCCGCGCCGCGUCCGUCAACAACCUGCACGAGCGCCUGUUCAGCCCCGCCAGCGAGGAAGCCAUCGAGAGACUGAAGGAGACGGAGAAGAUCAUCGCUGAGCUGAAUGUGACCUGGGAGGAGAAACUGAGACGCACAGAGUCCAUCCGCAUGGAGAGAGAGGCACUCUUGGCUGAGAUGGGCGUUGCCAUACGGGAAGAUGGAGGCACAGUUGGCGUGUUCUCCCCUAAGAAGACGCCUCACCUGGUGAACCUGAAUGAGGAUCCGCUGAUGUCUGAAUGUCUUCUCUACUAUAUCAAAGAUGGCAUCACCAAGGUGGGUCGCGACGACGCUAAGACUCGUCAGGACAUCGUUCUGAGUGGUCACUUCAUCCGUGAAGAGCACUGCAUCUUCACUAGCACCACCAACCCCACAGGGGACACUCUGAUUGUCCUGGAGACGUGUGAGGGGGCAGAGACCUACGUCAACGGCAAGAGUGUCACUGCCCCUACCAUCCUCAGAUCAGGUAACCGCAUCAUCAUGGGGAAGAGCCACGUGUUUCGUUUCAACGACCCUGAGCAGGCGCGUCAGGAGCGCGAGCGCACGCCAUGCGCAGAGACACCCGUGGAGCCCUCGGAUUGGGCCUUCGCCCAGAGGGAGCUCCUGGACAAACAGGGCAUCGACAUGAAACAGGAGAUGGAGCAGAGACUACAGGAGCUUGAGGACCAGUACCGCAGAGAGAGAGAAGAGGCCAGCAACCUCCUGGAACAGCAGCGACUGGACUAUGAGAGUAAACUGGCGGCUCUGCAGAAGCAGGUGGACUCUCACUAUUGGCCAGAUGCCACUGAGGAGGAGGAGGAGCCAGAGGAGGAAGUACCAUGGACCAAGCGAGAUAGAGAGCUGGGUCUAUGGGCUUUCCGCAGGUGGAGGUGCUACCAGUUCACCUCUUUAAGAGACCAGCUCUGGGGCAACGCCAUCUUCCUCAAGGAAGCUAAUGCCAUUAGCGUGGAGCUGAAGAAAAAGGUCCAGUUCCAGUUUGUGCUGCUGACGGACACCCUGUACUCCCCUCUUCCCCCUGAUCUGCUGCCCCCGAGCCCCCCACAGGAGCGCGAGACACGCCCCUUCCCCCGCACCAUAGUCGCCGUGGAGGUGCAGGACCAGAAGAAUGGAGCUACACACUACUGGACCCUCGAGAAACUCAGGCAACGUUUGGAGCUGAUGCGAGAGAUGUAUGACCGUGCAGCAGAGUUGCCUAGUCCAGCUUUGGAGGACUGUGAGGCCGGCCUCAGUGGAGGAGACCCUUUCUACGACAGAUUCCCCUGGUUCCGUCUGGUGGGAAGGGCCUUUGUGUAUCUGAGUAACCUGCUGUACCCUGUGCCUCUGGUGCACCGCGUGGCCAUUGUCAGUGAGAAGGGCGAGGUCAAGGGCUUCCUCAGGGUGGCUGUGCAGGCCAUUGCAGCUGAUGAAGAGGCUCCAGACUACGGUUCCGGUGUACGUCAGUCAGGAACCGCAAAGAUUUCCUUUGAGGAUCAGCAGUUUGAGAAGUUCCAGAUGGAGGCGGGCACAGGGGGCGUGAGUCACUCUAGCACCUCUCAGGAGGAACUCCGCAUUGUCGAGGGAGAGGGCGGAGCUUCUGACACUGACGAAGUCAACAACAACACCUGCACAGAAUCACCUGAGACUCCCAGUAGCCCUCUGAAGGCUGGGUUAGAAGGCCCCCUUGAUGGUGGUCUAGAUAAGGCGCUGCAGCAGCAUCUGCGGCUGGGGUCAGAGUUCACCUUCAGGGUCACGGUCCUUCAGGCAUCGAGCAUCCCGGCAGAGUAUGCAGAUAUCUUCUGCCAGUUCAACUUCAUCCAUCGCCAUGAUGAGGCGUUCUCCACAGAACCCCUGAAGAACACAGGAAGAGGACCAGCUCUUGGGUUCUACCAUGUGCAGAAUAUCACUGUGGAGGUCACUAAGUCCUUCAUCGAGUACAUGCGGACGCAGCCCAUCGUGUUUGAGGUGUUUGGACACUACCAGAAGCAGCCCUUCCCCCUACUCUGCAAAGACCUCAUCAGUCCCUUGCGCCCCAGCAGGAGGCAGUACCCCAGGGUGAUGCCCUUAUCUAAACCAGUUCCUGCCACAAAGCUCAGCUCAGUCACGCCCCCUACAGCUGGCCCAUGUCACUGCAAAUAUGACCUCAUGGCUUUCUUUGAGAUCUGUGAGCUGGAGGCCAAUGGAGACUAUAUCCCUGCAGCAGUGGACCAUAGGGCAGGAAUGCCUUGCCAUGGUACAUUCUUGCUGCACCAGGGAAUUCAGAGGAGGAUUACAGUGACCAUCGCUCACGAGACAGGAAGUGAAAUCGAGUGGAAGGAAGUUCGGGAGCUGGUCAUUGGACGUAUCCGGAACAGCCCAGAGGCAGACGAGACCAUCAUCGACCCAAACAUUCUGUCACUCAACAUCCUGACUGCAGGAUACCUGCGGCCAGCUUAUGACGACAGAGUGUCACUGGGGAUUGACCAUAGAACGUUCUAUCGUUUUGAGGCAGCGUGGGAUAGCUCCAUGCACAACUCCCUCCUCCUCAACCGUGUGACUCCCUAUGGAGAGAAGAUCUACAUCACACUGUCAGCAUACCUCCAGAUUGAGAACUGCACCCAACCCACUGUCAUCACUAAAGACCUCUGCAUGGUGUUCUACUCCAGAGAAACCAAACUGCCCGCCUCACGUUCCAUACGGAACCUCUUCAGCACUGGAUCACUCCGACCCACUGAGGGUAGUCGUGUCACUGGUGUGUAUGAACUCAGCUUGUGCCACCUGGCUGACGCUGGAAGUCCAGGUAUGCAGCGGCGGCGGAGGCGUGUGUUGGACACGUCAGUGGCCUAUGUGAGGGGGGAAGAGAAUCUUGCUGGGUGGAGACCUCGCAGUGACAGCCUCAUCCUGGACCACCAAUGGGAGCUGGAGAAACUCAGCCUGCUGCAGGAGGUGGAGAGGACUCGCCACUACCUGCUCCUGCGGGAGAAGCUUGAGAGUGUGUUGGCACAGGAGGGUGUGUUUGGCGGAGGGGAGAUAAUCGAGAGCCCCCUGACGCCACACACACCAAACCUUCCAUACACACCCAUUCUGGCCCUGCCCAACGACAGGCAGAAGGAGCUCACUCUCAAGUGUCUGCGUCUCCUUAUGCACACCUUCAACCGCCAGUACAGCCAGGUGAGCGUCAGCGCCAGUGAGAGCAAGCUCUCUGCGUUGCUAAGGGACUCCUCUUCCUCGGCUCUGAGCUCUCUGACCCCCUCCUCCACCUGCCCCUCCUUACUGGACAGUCACUAUGGCAACACUGACUUCAGGUGUGACUCUGGGGCAUCCAGUCCUGAUCUGGACCCAUUUAGCCCAGAUGAUAGGAAAACCAAACUCACCUUCAUCCCCAACAUCCAGGAGAUACGUGUCAGUCCCAUCGUGUCUAAGAAGGGCUACCUGCACUUCCUGGAACCCCAGGCAAGCGGGUGGCAGCGGCGCUUUGUGGUGGUGAGGCGUCCGUACGUGUACCUGUACCGCAGCGAGCGAGACAGCGUGGAGAGGGCCGUCAUCAACCUGUCCAACGCACAGGUGGAGUACAGCGAAGACCAGAGGACCAUGCUGAGGACUCCAAACACGUUCGCCGUGUGUACGGAGCACAGGGGUAUUCUGGUUCAGGCCACCAAUGAUAAGGAGAUGCAUGACUGGCUCUACGCCUUCAACCCUCUACUGGCAGGGACCAUCAGGUCCAAACUCUCCAGGAGGAAGUCUCAGACCAGCAUGUGAAGGCAUCUUGGGAACUGCCCAACCCCCCGCCCCCCGCCUCCCCCCGCCCCAACCCGCAGACCCAUCAAGGAAUAAGAAAGGAUAAGCUGAAGAACCCAGAAAACCCUUGAGAUCUCUAUACAACCCUGAGAACGCUCUAGAACCCAGAUAACUCUAUAAAACACACACAGCAGAGCAACCCUGUAGAAAAAAAACAACUGAAGAUUAUACCUUAUAAUGUACAGUACUUAGAGCAAGUCAGAUGUAGCACACACACAAACACUCAAACAUAUACACACGCACACACACACACACACACACACAGAGGUAAACAACACUAAAUGUGCUUGCCUAAAGUAGUGUUUUCAGUCCCUGCUCAAACGCCUAAAUGUUUCUGUGUGCGUGUGUGUGUGUGUGUGUGUGUGUGUGUGUGUGUGUGUGUGUGUGUGUGUGUGUGUGUGUAUUGACCUUUUUAUAAUUUCUCCAAUCGCCCCUAGACAGAGAUACCCAACAGAAACUGUAGUGCUGUGCUGUUUAAUGUGUGUUUGCAUGUGUUCCUGUUCAAUUGGUUCUAUUGGCUUAUUCUUUCACUCCAUGCUUCCUUAAAUAUGUUUGUUUAUAUGUUGUAGUGAAGUAACUUGUUUCUCAUUCAUUUUGAGGAAGGUUUUGUACUUAUAUUUAUUUCAUCAUUUGAUCACAUGGCACUUUUAAACUUUAAGUUUGCUCAUUCAACCCAGAGCUGUGUGUGUGUGUGUGUGUGUGUGUGUGUGUGUGUGUGUGUGUGUGUGUGUGUGUGUGUG